AUGGGCUGCAUCGGUCUGGUCAAUUUAUCAAGCUUCAAUCCAUACCGGCCGGUGCUUACAAAAACAUCAAACAAACAUUACGACUCAAGACGAUCAUCUAUGGCGGCGAUUCGAUCCGAGUCAAUGGCUACUGAGAAAUUAGGGAUUACAAUUGAGAAGAAUCCUCCCGAGUCCAAACUCACCCAACUCGGUGUUCGUAGUUGGCCCAAGUGGGGUUGUCCUCCAAGCAAGUUUCCAUGGACUUACACUGCAAAGGAGACUUGUUACUUGCUAGAGGGGAAAGUGAAAGUGUACCCUGAUGGAUCUGAAGAAGGCGUAGAUAUCGAAGCAGGAGACUUUGUUGUUUUCCCGAAAGGAAUGAGCUGCACUUGGGAUGUCUCUGUUGCUGUUGACAAACACUACCAAUUCGAGUGA